CGGGCCCCGCCCACUCACGAGUCACGUGGGCCGUCAAAAUGGCGGCGUACAGGCGACAAGCUGAGGCUGAUCUGAAUGGUGUAAGUGCUACGCCGGUGGGAGAUGGAGAAGCGCCCGAGGACAUCAAGAUGGCAAAUUAUAUGCAUGAUCUGCCCAGUCUUUCUCUAGGAGAUGCAAAACUCAGAAGACCAAUGGUCAUUGACAUCAUAGAAAGAAAAUUUGAGUACCUUAGAAAAGAAAAGACCUUAAAUGUAUAUGGAAUGGUAUUCCUUGGAACAACAGCUAGUUUCUGUGGAAUAUUGACAAACUUCAUUUUCAGAUACUGCUUUAAGGUUAAAUGUGAUGCUUUGAAGACAUAUGUGUCAUUGACUGCACUUCCAUUUUUAUCCACUGUAGUUAGCUACAAGUUCCUUGUAACUGAUGCUUUGUAUUCAGGUAAUAUAAGCAAGGAAAAUUGUGUUCUGAGAAGUUCACUGGUUGGCAUAGCAUGUGGUAUUUUAUAUCCCAGUGCACUGGCUUUUUCUAAAAGUGGACGUCUGGCAGUCAAGUAUCAUACUGUUCCACUGCCACCAAAAGGAAGGGUUUUAUUACAUUGGUUACUGCUUUGUCAAAGAGAGAUGAAAGUAAUGGCAGUUCCCCUAGUCUUUCAGACAGCAUUUGGAAUACUUAUUGGUCUACAGCACUAUGGAAUAUUUGAGAAAACUGUACAAGAAGAAUAAUCAAAAGAAUGAGUGUAUGCUAACUCAGCAGAGUGAAUUUUUUUAUGCAUUGCUAAAAGAGUGAAAAGUAUUUCUGUCCCAUUUGCCUAGUAUGUAGCAGAUACUCAGUAAGUAUUAGUAAUUCAAUAAAUGUAAAUGUAAAAUAAAAGUGGGUUUUAUCUUUCCUUCCUCAUUGUAUGUAGAAAUGGGUUUGGGCCUCAGGUCUGACCUAUGCAGUUAGAUAUUCUUCAUGAAAUAUUAAGUCCCUGCUAUGUCUCAGGCACUGUGUUACAUGGAAUAAGAAAUGGUCCUUAUCCAGAAACAGUUUUCAAUUAGAAGAGGGACAAAAAUACGUAUAUAUAGAAUGAGAGGGUUUGAGAGAUAUGUAUGUAAUUUGAGGGCACUGAAGAGUAGGGCUGCUAUUUAAGCAGAAAGGAAAAUAUGGGGAAAGUAAUGUGAGCAAAUUCUGAAGGAGGAAUUGGAAGUUUAUAAGAAAGCAAGGUAUGAAAAUAACAUCUGCCCAUUUCCUCUACUGUAAACCUUCAAUAUACUAACUAGUUUCUUACUAUUUGAAAAUUAUCUUCACUGUGUAAAGAACAUUUAUUGAAUAUACAUUUGCCAUACAUUAAGAACCAAAGAUGUAAAGAUUCAGUUCUUGCCCUCAAGAAACUUAGUAUAUAAAGAAAAAGUUAGCAACGUGUUUCUUUAGAAUCUGCCAAGGCAUUUUGAACUAUGCAUUUUUCUUAGUUCAGGAAAUAAACACUGAUGAGAAGUUACUCCCACAGCUCUUUCUCCUUGUCUUAACCAUAUUCAUCUUUAUAUUAAAGGCUUGUAAUCUGGGAAAUAUCACAUGAUUGACCUUUGUUUACCUCCCCUACCACCUGGAAUAAUUUGUGUUUUAUUUAAUGGUUUCACAUUCUUUUCUGUAAUCAAAAACACUGCAAUCAAUCUUAAAACAUAUCAAUAAAUGCUUUAUACUGGGGUUAUGAAAAUUAAAGUACACAGCAAA